AUUCUUAAAUAAUAAAGCCAAUACAUUAUAUAAUACAAUAUGAAAGAAUAUUGUUUAACAUAACCUCGAAAUCAAAACAAACAUAUUUUACGCCGAAAUGGCUGCAAAAUUCGAUGCCGCGGCUUACAAUUUUCGUAAAAAACUGCCUUUUGUAAGUAAAGAUCUUCUCAGAUGGUUCCCAGGUCACAUGAACAAGGGUUUAAAACAGAUGCAGAGAAAACUAAAAUCUGUAGAUUGUGUCAUAGAAGUUCACGAUGCUAGAAUACCCUUCACAGGAAGAAAUCCUAUAUUUACUAACACAUUAACAGGUGCUAAACCCCACAUUCUAGUUCUCAAUAAGAAAGACUUAAUAAAUAAAUCUUUAACAUUGAAAAUUAAAGAUAAAUUGAAAGCAGAACAGAGCAUCGAAAACAUUGUAUUUACAAAUGCAAAGGACCAGCAUUGUCGUGGUCUUAAGACAUUGAAGCCACUAAUGGUCGAUUUAAUAAAAGGUUCAAAUAGAUAUAAUAGAGCGGAGGAGUUAGAUUACAAUGUGAUGAUUAUAGGAGUACCUAAUGUAGGUAAAUCAUCAAUGAUUAAUAUGCUAAGAUCAAAGAAUCUCAGUACAGCUCAUGCAUUGUCUGUUGGAGCUGUCGCUGGUGUUACAAGGAGUGUACAUGAGAAGAUGAGAAUUGCUAAUGAUCCUACCAUAUUUAUGUUGGAUACACCAGGUAUUUUAGAACCGAAAGUAAGCGAUAUAGAGGCCGGUUUAAAGUUGGCCCUGUGCGCCUCCUUGCAGGACCAUCUCGUCGGUGAAGAAACCAUUGCUGACUACCUGCUGUUUUGGCUAAACAAGCACAAUCACUUCAGAUAUGUCGACUACAUGGGACUAGAGAAACCUUGUGAUGAUAUUAACAAAGUACUAAUAUCAGGAGCAAUUAAAUUCAAUAGGAUACGAAGAACCCGCGACUACGACAACUCAAUGCGAGAUGUCCCGGAUCUUCUAGAGACUGCCAGAAUGAUGAUUAAAGCGUUCCGCACUGGAGACCUGGGAAAGACAUUCUUGGACAUUGAUUUAUUAGAAUCCGGGAACCAUGCAACAAGAGAGAAAGUAAAUGUGCUAUUGUAAAAACUAUUAGAAAGCCUUUGAUAUUGUCUACCAUAUCGAAAUAGAAAAAACAUUCAUAGUUUAAUUAAAUUGGAUCUAUGUGGGAGUUUUCGCAUAUAACUUUUGUUGUUUCCAAUGAACCGUUUUGUUUUAGUGUCUGUUUUGGCUUACAUUUAAUUUUAAGAUAUAGUGUGUUCUCCAAGGAUCAUUCUUGGUACCUACAAUGUACUUAAUGCUCACAUGUUCUAAGUACUAACCUCAUGACCACACCUGCCAUAUCUCUUCGUGAUUGAUUAGAUUACUGAAGAUUUAUCGUUAAGUUUUUAUCUGAGACAAUCCAUCCUAGUGACAUUAUCUAUAACUGAAUCUUUAAAUUAUUGCAAGUAAUGAAUAAGCUAAAAUAAAUGAAAU